AUGGCUCGGCCUAAAUGGAUCUUACAGCUAGUGGGGUUGGAGAUACCCUUGUGCCUGGCCAUAGUUAUCUUUUCCGUCAGGGCGGAUCGCAACAUCAAGUUCAUCGCCGGAGAAAGCCGGUUCAACAGGGACUAUUUCGAAAACUUCACAUUCACCAUUCGCAACGACCAGGUCUUCCUGGACAUGUACCUGCGGAAGCCCCUGAGCAGAGGCUGGAGGGCCAGACUGGACUUUAAGACACGCGUGGGGAACUCGAAGAGCUUUCAGAGCCUGUUCUCUACCAAUAUCGACGUAUGCAAUAUCGUGAACGCGGCCAAGAUCAAUUUGUUCAAGAAGUGGUACAAGAACCUGCUCAAGUACGGCAACUUCCUCCGCCAGUGUCCACUGAGUACUGGCCACUACUACUUGAGGGGCUGGCAGUUCGGGGAUGGCUUGGUGCCGCCGUUCAUAACGAGCGGAUCGUACCGAUUGGAGACUUACAACUUUUUUGGGAAGUACAAGGGCAAAGACGAGGAUUUCAUAAUGAGUUGCACGGCCGAUGCUGUCAUACAUAUCUGA